AUGGCGGAAAGCUGCCAUUGCUGUCCACCGAUCUUAACAAAAGAAGAAGAAUGCUGCUUAUGUUGGCGUUUUUUAUUUACUGAAGAGCGGAAUUGCAACUGUUUUCCCUGCGCUUACCAUGAAGAUCGAUCUUGCCAGUGUUGCCAUUGUACAUGUUCAGAGAACCCAAAUUGUAUUUGGUGCUGCUGCUCUUUCUCAACUGAUGAAGACUGUAAGUGUUGCUGCUGUGCCACCGAUGAGAAUACCGUUUGUCAGUGUUAUGAAAGCACAUGCUGCAGAAAUGUUGCCCAUUCACCAUACCAUCCAAGAAUCCCAAGGAGAAAUCAUUCAAGGCUGUCUUUGCCAGGCCCUGGAACUAGAAGUGAUACAUCUGUCAUUACAUUGGACAAGGAUGUCUCAGGGCAUAGUUUUCGUGAUCAACUCACCUGUCCAGCGUGUAAACAACUGUACCUCCACCCAUUUAUGCUUCCCUGUAAACAUUGUGUUUGUGGGGAUUGCAUAGGUAAAAGAAGGGCCAAGGCUGAAGUGUCUGAGAACUUUUUCAUUCUCAUAUGCCCAGUGUGUAACAAAGCACAUUGCCUUCCCUAUUCUAAUAAAAUUCAGCUGAAGAAGAAUUUACUGAGAGCCAAACUGGCUAAGAGAUAUAUGCAGAAACAUGGCCUUAUCAGGUGGAGAUUUGACAGAACUCAGACAUCAAUUUAUUGUCAAGCUUGCAAAGAGAAGAAAAGAAAGGCAUCCAAAAGAUGUCUGACAUGUCAAAUGAAUUUUUGUAAAGAAUGUCUAAGUUUAUAUCAUAGAGAUGAUUCUGCUCAAGAGCACAUUUUUACCAAAGCCUAUCAAGAAGAUCAAGAACAGUCAAAUUGCUUAGUACAUUCCAGUUCACCUAUCUCUGAAUACUGUGUAGAUGACCAUGAGCUAAUCUGUGACUACUGCAAGAACUCACUGCACAGUGACCAUGAGACAUUGCCCUUGAUAGUGGCAUGCUCAAGGGAGGCUGGUGCCCUCUUCAAUGCUAUUGCAAAAUUUAAAAAAGUCCGGUAUGGGGUUGAUAAUGACUUAUUGGAAACCUUUGUGUUAAAAAACAACUUUAAAUCCUACAAGGACACUAAAAGGAAAGAGAUCAGGAAUGGAUUCUUAAGAUUACGAAGCAUACUCCAUGAGAGAGAGAAAGAGAUGAUGGAAUUGCUUGAGAACCUUGAAUUUAAAAAACAGAGAGGAAUUACAGAAUAUAUGGAGCAUGCUUCCAAAAAACUUGCUUACAUGGACAGCCUUCUUCAGUAUUCUAAGGAAGCUUUGAAGGAAGAGAAUCAAAUUGCAUUUCUUCAAUCUUCAAAUUCUUUGGUAAAUGAAAUAGAAGAUGCAAUCACUAACAUUUACCAGCCUAACCCAUGCCUUAGAGAAGAUCCUAUUCAGAAUCUUAAACUGAACUUUGAAGAGCUUUCAACCAACUUGAAUGGAAUUUUCCCAACCUCCGUUAGGAUAAAGCAAUCAGAUGAUAAAGUAAACAAAUAUCCCUACCCCUGUAAUUCUGGCAUAAUUGUUCCAAAGCGUGUUUCCAGUACUCAUUUAUCGAAGCCAAAAAUAGCACUUCAAAGUCCAUCUUUAACAUCGCUGUAUGACCCAAAUGUACUGAAAAAAGAAAUGUAUGGAAGACCAAAAUCCACACCUCCUCUUCAUCCUAAACAGAGUAAUAAAAUGUUUGCAUGUUGGGAUACAUCUGAAAUUUCACGUAAAGAAACAUCUCCCAGCAUUAUUCAUAGUCCAGAAAUGUUUGAAGAUGGAUCAUUGACAGCUCCAGGUCUAGUCAUUAUCUACCAAACGCUUGCCUACCCAAAAUCUGCCAAAAUUUACUGGACAUGCCCUACAGAAGAUGUGGACUUCUUUGAUGUAGAGUUCUAUGAAGUCAUUGCUGUUACUACUGAUAAUGUUAUCCAGACACAACUAGCUGGACAGCUAAGUGGGAUAAAGCAUCAAAACCUUGAGAUACAUAAUCUAGAUCCAAGUACAGAAUAUCUCUUUAAAGUUCGUGCUGUAAAUUCAAAUGGUACAGGUCAAUGGAGUGAAAUCUGCAAGGUCAUGACACCAGAUGACCGUGGAAAAGUCCAAGGUAGAUGGGGCUUACUGAGGAGUAUUCAGUCUUCUCUGCACAAAGAACUCUGA